UAUUUACUAAAGAGAAACUACGCAAGAAGCGUCUGUAGUGUGAACUCGGCAUCAACAUUUCAAUAAUUUCACGUUUUGACAUUUCGUUCUCGACUCUUGUUAAGGAGAACAUAGACAAAAAAUUGUGAAAAUUCAUCAGAGUUUUUUGAACAGAGUAUAAUGGAUGACGAUGUCCAGGCAUGUCUAGAUACACCAUUGUCUCACAUCAACGGAGGGGGCAUUUCUUUCGUCGUUCCUGAUCCUGAUUCAAACUCCUCAAGUGGUGCUCUGCAGAAUCAACAGCAAGUGCCACAAUCCAAAUAUGCACAACUUCUUGCUGUAAUUGAGGACAUGGGAAAAGAUAUCCGUCCUACUUAUGCUGGAAGCAAGAGCAGUGCAGAACGCUUGAAGAGAGGAAUUGUUCAUGCUCGCAUCCUAGUUAGAGAGUGUUUAUUGGAAACCGAGAGGAGUGCUAGACAGUAGACAACCAAAAUGGAAAACAUAAGAAAACUUGAGUCCUGGGACACACGGCUCUAUGCUGACUGUGUAGAAUUCUGUCCUUUUGAACCUUAUCUUUCUAUAGCCAUCUGUGGCACCUAUCAAUUGUGUGAAAGUGAAGCGGCUCGCGUCGGUCGUCUCAGUCUCCAUUCCGUCGAUCCCGAAAACAUUGAUUUGACUCCUAUUCAACUAGUUGACACUCCCGGCAUCCUCGACGUGAAA